AUGUUGCGAACGGGCGCGUCACGUCUGGCGCUGAGGACGUUCCCAGCGCCAGCUGUUCGCGCAGCUCCCAUCUUCCGCAUCGCAAGUCCAGCAGCAAAAUGGGCUACCCAGUUCAGCUCAGUGGCCUCGAAGCGCCCGCAAUUGUCUCAGUUGGCCCAGGUCAAGCCGGCAAGGGCUGUUAUACUCCGCCGUGCGCUAUCGGAAGACCGGAAACAGGCUGAGGCCAAAUACGCCAAAGAGGAGAUCAAGCCUACGCCAGAGUUGGUCUCUUCGACCUCCAGUAUCCAUCCAUUCGUAGGAGAAGUUGGUGGUGAGCCCGCACAUCAGGAGGUAGACAUGAGCGCUGGCAUCAAGUCAGAUUUGAACACGAUCAGAGAGACCUUCAACUUGAGCGAAGUCCCGCGUCAAGCAUACUACAUUGGACUUGCUGGAGUCUUGCCAUACCUUGGGACCUCACUCUCCACCGUCGUCUGCGCGUACGAGAUCAACCACGCUGUAGCCGGGUACGGCUAUCUCAUGUCGGCAAACACAGCUACUGCACUUCUACACAUCCUUGAACCAUUGCAGGUUGGCUACGGCGCUGUGAUUCUAUCGUUUCUCGGCGCAAUUCACUGGGGUCUAGAGUUCGCUGGCUACGGUGGUCGCCAUGGAUAUAGUCGCUACGCCAUAGGAGUCGUCGCGCCCGCAGUCGCAUGGCCAACCGUGUUGAUGCCCGUAGAGUAUGCUCUGAUCACCCAAUUCUGUGCAUUCACAUUGCUGUACUACGUUGACACGCGCGCAACGUACCGGGGCUGGACUCCUCCGUGGUAUGCCAUCUAUCGAUUUGUCCUCACGUUCAUUGUGGGAACGAGUAUUGUGGUCAGCCUCAUUGGCCGAGGAGAGGUCUCUGACACAGUUGGGAGGAUGCCAGGUGCUGUGGACAGGAUGAAGGCUCUCGGAGGCCCCGACGCACAAGACGCAAUGUCCAGGGAAGAGGAAGGCAUUCGCGCUCAGCAAGAACUGGCUGGGGAGGGCAGCAAGUCCAAGGGCGAGGAAGAUUCCGAGGAUGAUUCCGAGGUCAGCGACUAG